AUGGCGGCCCUAGGUGUAAACAAGGUCGGGGCUGGUGCCGGGCUGGACGGCAGCCGGGGGUCCAGUGGCAGCGGCCGCGGCCCGGCUGGUGCCGCAGUGAAGGUUCUUGAGUGUGGAGUCUGUGAAGAUGUAUUUUCUUUGCAAGGUGACAAAGUUCCCCGGCUGCUUUUGUGUGGCCAUACUGUCUGCCAUGACUGUCUUACCCGGCUUCCCCUUCAUGGUAGAGCAGUUCGUUGUCCUUUUGAUCGACAAGUUACUGAACUAGGAGAUUCUGGUGUCUGGGGCUUGAAAAAGAAUUUUGCUUUGUUGGAACUCUUGGAACGGUUGCAGAAUGGACCUGCUGGGCAGUGUGGGACAGCAGAAGAAGCCAUUGGUCUAUCUGGAGAGAGUAUCAUUCGUUGCGAUGAAGAUGAAGCCCACGUUGCAUCUGUAUAUUGCACUGUUUGUGCCACUCAUCUGUGCGCAGAGUGCUCCCAGCUUACUCAUUCUACAAAGACACUAGCAAAACACAGGCGUGUACCUCUUGCUGAUAAGCCUCAUGAGAAGACCAUGUGUUCCCAACACCAAGUGCAUGCUAUUGAGUUUGUUUGUUUAGAAGAGGGCUGUCAGGCGAGCCCACUUAUGUGUUGUGUCUGCAAAGAAUAUGGGAAGCAUCAAGGUCAUAAGCAUUCUGUCUUGGAACCAGAAGCAAACCAGAUUCGUGCAUCCAUUUUAGACAUGGCCCACUGUAUAAGAACUUUCACAGAAGAAAUCUCAGAUUAUUCCAGAAAAUUAGUUGGAAUUGUUCAGCAUAUAGAAGGAGGAGAACAAAUAGUUGAAGAUGGAGUUGGAAUGGCCCAUACUGAACAUGUACCAGGGACUGCAGAGAACGCUCGCUCAUGUGUCCGAGCCUAUUUUUCUGAUCUUCAUGAAACCCUUUGUCGUCAGGAGGAAAUGGCCCUUAGUGUUGUUGAUGCUCAUGUGAGAGAGAAGUUGAUUUGGCUUAGGCAACAGCAAGAAGACAUGACCAUCCUCUUGUCACAGGUUUCAACAGCUUGCCUUCAUUGUGAAAAAACUUUACAACAGGAUGACUGCAGAGUAGUGUUGGCCAAACAGGAAAUUACAAGAUUGCUAGAGACAUUACAGAAACAGCAGCAGCAGUUUACAGAACUUGCAGAUCACGUACAGCUGGAUGCUAGUAUACCUGUCACUUUUACAAAGGACAACAGGGUACAUAUUGGACCAAAAAUGGAAAUUCGGGUUGUCACUCUAGGAUUAGAUGGAGCUGGCAAAACAACUAUUUUGUUUAAAUUAAAGCAAGACGAAUUCAUGCAGCCAAUUCCAACAAUAGGUUUUAAUGUUGAAACAGUAGAAUACAAGAAUUUGAAGUUUACUAUUUGGGAUGUAGGAGGGAAGCACAAAUUGAGGCCCUUGUGGAAACACUAUUAUCUCAAUACACAAGCGGUGGUGUUUGUUAUUGAUAGCAGUCACAGAGACAGGGUCAGUGAAGCACACAGUGAACUUGCAAAAUUAUUAACGGAGAAGGAAUUGCGGGAUGCCUUGCUCUUGAUCUUUGCUAAUAAACAGGAUGUAGCAGGUGCGCUUUCAGUGGAAGAAAUCACAGAACUGCUGAGUCUCCACAAACUCUGCUGUGGCCGUAGCUGGUAUAUUCAGGGUUGUGAUGCCCGAAGUGGUACAGGACUUUAUGAAGGAUUGGACUGGCUUUCGAGGCAGUUAGUGGCUGCUGGUGUCCUGGAUGUGGCUUAAUUUUACAGCAGCUGCAAUUUAAGAAUCUUCUGCCCUCCUCUGUAAGUGCCCAGCCGUUGCCAGUUGAAGAAGCCAUGCCAUGGACCUCUUCAUGUCAGUAGAGGAGCUACGAAGAGCAUGGCCAAUAGAUCAAAACUGCAUAUCAUCACUUUGCUUUCUGGAGUAGAGGUGAAUUGGGAGAACCAGACAAUGGAAGUAAGCAGCGUUGUUUCACAGAUGGGUAGAUAUCUGUGCCACACUGAAAAGCGUGUUUAUGUGUGAGAGCUAUGAACCUCACCUGGCAAAGAAAAUGUAUCCCAUUAUCUGUGGCUAUGGCUUUUAUUGUAAUAUUAUCAAUUUUAUUAUGUUUUCCCACUACAUACCUUAGGUAAAGCCAAGAAUGUAUGAACAAAUAAUUUGGUACAUUUGCACUUUUCUUCAAGAGGAAGCAGUUAACUACUUCCUCAUAAUGACACUUAUUUGUAGUUUUCUCUUGUUACUUAAAUUUCAUGUAAAUGGCGUUAAAUGCAGCUUCAGAUUCAGCAAAUCUAAUGACUUGAAUAGUAGCUGAAAGAACAUUAAGCUUUAAAGUAGUUAAAUGUUUGUGAAAUGGGCUUCAAUGCCUACAUAUGUACACAGGUGCUGAGAAGGGGCAUUUAAACUUUCUUCAGACAACCUGAUAAAUUUGGAAGUAGUUUACAAUGGGGUGAAAGGUGAUUCCUUGCCUCUACUGAACUAAAAAUUGUUCAUCCUUCCCAGCCUGUAAGUUCUUGCACAAUACCCAGUUGGCUGCUCUGACUAGAGCAUCUGCUUAGCCCAUACGGCAGAGCAGUCCCACACCUAGUGAGGGCCGACUGUCCCUUCAUAGCUCUUCUUAAAAUACGAACAAGUUCUGCUGCUAAGCAUGGUAGAUACCUUUUCCUGGAAUAUUUUUAACAGAGAAGACAUGCAUUCUUUAGAAAAAACCUGAUUCUGUAAUGUUAUUUUAUCUGGCUUAUGCUUCAGUUAUACAUGCCUCUCAGUAUAGUUCUACGUUAAAAUGUUCAAGGUGACGAGUUUGGAUUUUUGGUAACAUUACAUUUGAGGGCAGAGGAAAAAUUCUCACUCGUGUAUUUUUGAGUACAAAGGAUUGCUUGUGACAUGGAAUGCUACCAUAAAAGUUGUUUUUAAAUGGAAUUUAUUUAAGAUGACUUGGAAGUAACUGUGAAAGUGUUGCAUUCAUCUGUGAACUCUUUAGUGUAAACAGGUACACUAAGAGGUUUAUUUGUAUUAUAAAUUAAUACUACAUAUAAACUGCUUCAGUUACAAAUUUAAGCUUGUUUCACCAGUUUUACUGAACUUUAGUUUUUAGUGUACUGACUUACGCAAUACGUAAUUGGAAUAUUUCCUCAAUUAGAACUCACUCAAGUAUUACUAACUGAGAAUUAUUUGAAAAGACUGAGUAACUUUUUAUAGGAUUUUGACUUAAUUGUGAAAUUGGGUAAAUACGACAUUCAGUGACUGUGUUGUGGCUUCCUUUAAAGAAUCUCAGCUCAAAAAUAGUAUGUCUAGGCUAACUCAAAACCAGUGUUUUAUCACUUGAUAUGGUCUUACUGUAUGCUACUUACCAAUUUAUUGUGGUCUAUGUGGUACAUGAGGGUUUUAUUCUGAACUGUUGCAGUAGGUGUGGAUGUAAAGAUUUCUUUAAAGAAAGGGCUCUUUUAGUGGGAACAAUUCAUGACCUGCUGCAAUUUAAGUUGCCCAGAAAAUGAAUUAUUUUCAA